AUGGUCAUGCUCAAGAUCGCCACGGCCGCUCUGGCCCUGUCCGGCAGCGCCGUCGCUCGCCGGUUCCAGUACCGUCAGUUCUCCAACUCGACCGCCACCCUCUGGCCCAACAUGACCACCACCGCUUCGGAGCCCACCCACACUCUCAUCACCCUCACCUCCACGGACGCCGUGUCCCUCACGACGUCGACCAUCUUCACCACCACCACCCGCACCGUGACCGACUGCCCCGACUGCGGCGGCACCAGCACCGCCRYCGUSACCGAGACCAUCCCCGUCUCGACCACCGUCUGCCCCGUGACCGAGACCGAGACCGGCGGCGAGACCGAGACCGGCUCCGGCAGCACCACCGCCCCCGUACAGCCCACCGGGACCCUGACGACGUCGACCAUCUUCACCACGGCCACCCGCACCAUCACCGACUGCCCCGAGUGCGGCGGCACCAGCACCAAGGUCGUCACCGAGACCAUCCCCGUCUCCACGACUGUCUGCCCCGUGACCGAGACCGAGACCGGCGGCGAGACCGAGCCUACCGCCCCUGUCCCCGCCCCCGGCGAGACCGAGCCCAGCACCACCGGCGGCGAGACUGAGCCCACCGCCCCUGUCUCUGCCCCCGGCGAGGAUCAGCCCGGCUCUGGCAGCACCACCGCCGCCCCCGCCCCUCCCGCCUUCACCACGUCGACCGUCUACGCCACCAAGACGCUUACGGUGACUGACUGCCCCGAUACGGUGACCGAUUGCCCGGCCCACAGCACGCGCGUCGUCACCGAGACCGUCGCCAUCUCCACCACCGUCUGCCCCGUCACCGAGACUGAGACCGAGACCGAGCCCGCUGGCGAGCCUACCGGGGAGCCUGCCGGCGAGCCCGACGCCCCCGCCCCCGGAGGCGCCGAGCCCACCACCACCGUCGUCUCCACGGGCACCCACACCAUCACCAGGACUUUCAGCGCCCCCACGGCCUUCGUCCCCACCAAGUCGGCCGGCCAGGGCGGCAAGCCUCCCAAGCCCACCGGCGAGGCCUCCAGCGUGCCUGCCGUGAACCAGCCCGAGGUCUCCUCAUCCGCCUCCUCGUCCUUCUCUGAGGCCGAGAUCACCGAGACUGAGACCGCCACUGCCCCUGCCUCCGGUGCCACCGGUGGCCUCGUCGCCCCGUCGGCCUCUGUCCCCGCCGGCUCCGAGAAGCCUUCUGCCGUGCCCGAGCAGCCCUCUGCCGUGCCCGAGCAGCCCUCUGCCGUGCCCGAGAAGCCUUCUGCCCCUGCUCCUACCGGCAGCUUCCCCGCCGUUCCUGACACCCCCUCUAACGGCACCUCCAACUUCGAGACGGUCCCCGUCGCCGUCUCGUCCACCGCCGCCGUCACCCCCGUCACCCCCGUCAGCUCUUCCACCCCGACUGCUGGCACCACCGCCACCAGCCCCGUCCCCACGGCUGGUGCUGCCAAGAUCAGCGGCAGUGCUCUCGUCGCCGUCGGUGUCGCCGUCGCCCUCUUCCUGUAA